AACGAUAGCCCUCUGAUUUUUUUCUCUCUUUUUUUUUUCUUCUAUAAUUUUUUCUUCAACUACAUAAUAUUCUGAUUUUUGGGAUUCGUCUGUGGCAGUAGUUACGGUCUUUUUCGUCUUGAUAAUUGUCGUCUUCAGUAGCCUGAGGUGCGUGAUAUCUGUGUGAUUUGCUUGUUGAUAUCUUCGGUCCUUUUUGGUGUGUUACCAUGUCGUGUUAUUUUUUGCAUUCGAUGAUGUAUGUCGAUCUGUUUUCUUUUUUCUUUUCUCUUUUUUCUUCUUUUCUUUUUUUUUCGUGCAGCCUUCGCUAAACGCUCUGUUGUCUUGAGCUCGACGCGAAUGAUAUGGAGGCCGUUGAAGUCGAUAAUAGACUGUGCUUGUGGCUUUGUAUCGAUGAUGAUCCUCAGCGCUGUAUUUUGUCUCUUAAAUCAUAUCAAUAAGCCUUUCACGUUAGUUAUCAAAGUCUUAUUCUAAUGUUGAUUAGUUUCACUUUAUAGUUGCCCAAGUCUUGCUUUUCAGUCUGGUAGUAAAAUCGACUGCAAUUUGAUAUCGCUUGGUUUGUUUUGUAUGUAAUACUGUGUGUCUUGUGUAGACAUCAUCUUUUCUUCGCUGAUAUAAAUUGUUACUG